UGAUCGGUGCAGGUGGUCGCGUUUGGUUGGCAAAAUUCGAACCAUGGGAACAAACUAGCCGAAAUUGUGAAGACACUUCUAAGUGCUUUCCCAGUGCUAUAUCAACAUCAAAACACAACACAAUUGGCCCUUUUCGAGUGGGUAUUUAUGCGCUGCUGAAGUGAUUGGCGUGCUUAAAUAGUGUGGAAAACUGCAUUGGACGGCGGUCAGUUUUUAGCUUUUCGUCGAUAAAAUGUAAAACAGCUGUGAUUGUGCAUUAUAGCAAAGUAUACACAACCAACGUGUUAAAGCAACCGAGUUGAGAGGUGUCUAAGGUGUGUUUUUACAAAACGGUGCGCCGGAGCUGGUGGAGUGGGGCAGAUGUGAACCCAAACAUGCAGUCAGCAGCCUUCCCCGGGGAGAAAAGGCGGAACUAGCUAGUGCGAUUGUAUCCACGAGACGACUUUCUGGAUCCCGUGUGUAGAUAUGGCUUUAGCAGUGCAGCAGUGAAUGGUUGAAUAGGAAAUGUGAAAACGAAAGCCGAAGCACUUGAAGAAGAUAUGCCAGAAAGCCGGGCCAGGAGCAAAAAAGGCGUGAAAAUAAUGAACAGCAACACAUUAAAAUCAGUGCUAUUAGCACUAUUAUUUUGUCUUUACGCGGCACCACCGGCGGUUUCCUCAGAAGUUACAGUUAUUACAGACCCGAAGUUCAGUGCACCCAUCGCGAAUGUGACGGCGGCCGUCGGAAGAGAAGCGACGCUGACGUGCGUAGUUCAUGACCUAGGUGCAUAUAAGGUUGCGUGGCUCAGAGUAGACACUCAAACGAUUUUGACGAUCCAGAACCACGUCAUCACCAAAAACAAACGGAUAGGUAUCAUUUACACCGAAAAAAAGACGUGGCAGCUCCGGAUACGAGACAUCCGGGAGAGUGAUAAAGGCUGGUACAUGUGUCAAAUCAAUACCGACCCAAUGAAGAGCCAGAUGGGGUAUUUGGAUGUUGUAGUUCCUCCUGAUAUUUUGGAUUACCCCACAAGCACCGAUAUGGUCGUCAGGGAAGGAAGUAACGUAACGUUACGGUGUGCAGCCACGGGUUCACCUUCUCCUACAAUCGUGUGGCGAAGAGAGGGUGGGGAAAACAUAUCACUCCAGGAUGGUGAAAUGGUACCAUCAGUCGAAGGACCAACGUUCAGCAUUCCGAAAGUGAAUCGACUGCACAUGGGAGCGUACUUGUGUAUCGCUUCCAAUGGCGUUCCUCCCUCGGUUAGCAAGCGUGUGAUGCUUAUUGUGCACUUCCCACCGAUGAUUUGGGUGCCGAAUCAACUCGUCGGAGCUGUUGAGGGCCAAAGGAUGACACUAGAGUGCCACUCAGAAGCGUAUCCCAAAUCAAUCAAUUACUGGACCCGGGAGAAAGGCGAUAUCGUGCCUCAGGGUGGCAAAUAUGAACCGGUGCUGAUAGACAACGCAUACAAAGUGGUGAUGAAGCUAAGCAUCAAAGUUGUCAGCCAUGCCGAUUUUGGAGCGUACAAGUGUAUUGCGAAAAAUUCCCUCGGGGAAACCGACGGAACCAUCAAGCUCUACAAACUUCCAAAAAGUGCAAUCAAUUCAGUGGAAUCGUACGAAGGGCAGCGAAGGAAAAAUAAAACUCGGAAAAUGCAUACAUUCUACGAAACAAAUGAUGUUAUCGAGGAUGAUCCGGAAAGCACCAGCAAAAGAAAAGAUUUGAUUCUCAAUGGCCGGAAUGACGAAAGCUACGAAAUAGCAAAUUCCAACUCCAAUCGACUGGUCCCAGCAUUUUCCGGCCGAUGGUUUCUGGUGCCGUUGACUCUGCUUUGCCUCGCUUUGCUACCGACAGUAUGACGCUUGUAAUGAAUAGGUUUGCGCGAAGUGAACGAAAGAAUAAGGUUACUUACUGAUAAGUAGUUGUUUCUAGUAAUUGAGAAAGUUGAGAAUGGGAACGAGAGUGCUUGUACGACUUAGCUAAAUUAUACAUAUACCUACGUUAGGACAGAUAAGAAAUUAUUUAAUGUGUAUAUAGCAAAUAAAGCGAAACAGAAAGCAAAACAAUGAAACAUAUCGUUAGGUUAUUGGAAUGUUAUAAGUAAAAUAUUCAAAAAUAAGAUAUAUAUGCUGAUAUUUACUAUAGCAGGGAAUUGAUCAUAAUAUUGCAAAGCUAAAAUGAAAGAAGCUGUAACCAAUACCGAAGACUUGAGACAUCAUGUGAAAAUGUAUAAUCAGAAUAUUGGUAAACGAGAGCAUAGAUAUGUAUACUGAGUAAGAUUGAGAUUUGUUUGAUUCCUAUUUUUCUGUUUUUCAAUUAUAUUAGUGAGUUCAAAAUCACCAUAUUUAUUAACAGGUUCGUUCUAUUCAAAGCAAUAAACGAGAAUUAAGAUUCUGUAAACAUGAAAAUCAACUUUUAUCCAUAAAAUUAGUUUUUCGUACAAAUAGAGCAAGCGAAGUGUACUGAAAUAUUUUCCAAGAUGUUGAAACUAUGCUCUAUGAUUACUGAACCAAUGCAAUUGUACAGGAUGUGUGUUCCGAGCUGGAAUAUAUUCCUAAACAGUUUAAUCCAAUGAAAGCUUCCCGAAAAAAUGCUACAGAAUUGAAAAGCUUGUGAAUGUACAUUAGAAAGAUUAAAAUAUUAGGAAGAUCCUGGAUGAGCACAAAAAGAAUCAAGUUUUAAUGUAAAACA